AUGGACACUCCUCAUCAACCAGUUUCGCUGGACAACCCCGGGGUCUGGCAAAACCUUUCGCUGUGGACUGCUUACCGAAUACAAUACGCCGUCAACGUUACCAAGCUCGCUCCGUCCCUCGAAGAUCUGGUAUGGGCUGGUCCGAGAAUGGUGCAGAAGCUCGCUGCCUACCUACCCUUUUCUGAUUCACUUGACGCUCUCGGUCAGAGAGUCAUCCCCGAAGCAACAGGUUCUGGAAUACUACGCACUACCGACCUUGCCACCACUGCCGCCUUCAGUAUGGACAUACCGCCUCCCAUGGUCCGCUCUCACGGGCCUGGACCUGCUGUUCUGCUCAAUUCGGAUGUCGGUGGGGUCUCCCCUAAGUUCACCAUGGAGGGCGCAAAAGGGCUUGGCAGUGUCUUCAGCUAUGCCACGAGCAAAUGGGCGCUUUGCUGUAUUGCCAUGGCCAUCGUACUCAACCGCACCCACAUCUUUGCUGCUACACGCCGACGCUUGCGGCUCACCUUACCCGUUCGGCUGCUGCUCCGCGGUCUUCCAGUACUCCUGUUUCUGGUACAAGCCCGCGGACUUCUGCGCUCAAUCCAGUGCCAGACCUCCCCCGACUUCUCACAGAUGCGAUGGGGAAACACAAACAAGAGCUCUGAUCUUAUGUUCUCCCAAGCUGGGGGCUUCCUCCACACCAUGAGUUCUACAAUCUUGCUAGGUGCUUCAGACGAAGAGUCUUGCAUGGCCGUGGGCAUGGUGCCGGCAGAUGUUGACGAUGCGGCACAGGAACUGCGGGGUUCAUUAUCUCUCCUAUGGCCGCUCUUUGGCACUUUUUGCCUUAGCCAAUUCUUGGAGACCGUCUCCUGUGCCGUCCAGGGGCGACCCGUGGCAGCAGAGACGGGCAUGACACUCUUCGAACACUCUCUUGCGUUUGCAGAAGCCGAUGCCGCUAUCAGCAAUCAGCUGGGCUGGGGCUUAUUUACUCAGUCGCAAACAGCAGAGGCUACGUCUAGUGCUGGUGGUACUAUUGCCAUCAGUCGUUCCAUGAUUCUAAAGAGAGUCAAUACUUCGCCUGAGGUACUGUUAAUCGCUUUCCUCUCGGCUAUGAGCCAUAUCACCAGCCAUAUGCUGGGGAUUUUUAAUCUGCAGGCCAAAUUUCGUCUGGUCAGCACUGGGUUCUGGGGUCUUUGCUUCAUGGCGAGCAUCCUCUGGAGUGCAUUGACGUUCUCUUUGGACGAUCCAGCAAAGCAAGGACUGCUCAGAUUUCCCACGGUCUGUAUCAUCGGCUUCAUUCCUCACGUACUUGUUCUUGGUGGCAUUCUUGUCUGUUUGUUCAUAUACCUAUUGGCUCUUGGGUUAGCCGCUCUUACUCCUACGGAUAGACAAACAGGACAGAGGUUGAGUCUUCAAGAACGACUGGUCCACGCCCACGCAAACAUGCAAGCCAACCUCUCCUUGUCCGACAUCCGCAUUGGCAUGGAAAUGGACUUUUACACAGCCUUGCUACGAACUGGGUUUGGCGCUAUUACAAUGGCAAGCGAAGCUGUUUACCUGAAUGAAGACAGGGACGUCACCAUGCGGGCCUAUACAUGGCUCGAGGAGGAGAGAUAUCGGGAGCUCGAGGAUCUGCGGACUCAGUGGAUUGGAGCUGGUGCGACGGACUCCCACUACGACACCAUAGGUACCAUCGGCCUGGUGCCAGUGAAAGAUGAUAACAUGCUGGCUGCGAAUGGUUACGCUCGCGAGCGAGCAGCACAGAAGGUGCCCAAGUCUCGUUCAGGAGAGCGACGGCUAAGGGACGGUGUCGGCGCCGCGGAACGAAGCGGCAGGUGGUUGAUGGCACUGGAUUUCAUCAUGAAUAUCAACAGGCUGAUAUUCCGAACGUGGGCUACAGCCAUGCUGAAGAUUCUGUCCAAAAUCGGUCUCCGUCAUCCAAAGUUUCUGCUCUGGGUCGUUCGUCGACCAAAGGCUGCCAAUGAUACAAGGAGCUCGAACCACGGUAUCAGUACAAGUCGUGUACAUGCACCUGCAGACUCGACAGAGUCUCUGAACAUCCCCAGAAUUGACGGCGUUGAUGUCGAGUCUGAGUUCAGACAACAGGCAUGGAGGGGAAGCCAGAACCGGGCCCCUAUUGACGAGGCUGAUCUUGACUCGAAGCUAUACGGGUGGUGGCUCAGAGGAGGUUGGUGGGGCUCGAAAGACAACAGCGGCGAAUACCAACCAUACGCAUCUAGCAACGCAGAUGACGAUGACGAUGUCACAAGCGUUGUGUCAUUCAGCACCAAUAAUGACAGUGAAUGGGAGUCGGAGGAGGAUGGGCAACGAACGCCUACGCAGUCCAGGUCAUGGGCUUCCCGGGAAGCUACACCAAUCCCUGAAGAUUCACUUCAGUUGUCAGAUCUUGCACGCCUGCUACAUCCGAGCAACCCGGAGGAGAGAGAGGAGGCGCACGCUCUAGCUGCCCAUCUGAACAGCGACAGAAUCAUGACCCGAUCACAGUAUCGUAGGGUACAGCAGCUACAGAAGACGAGGAUCUUACAACCAGGCGGACGAGCCAGUCGUAUCAUGAUGCGGCCGGUAAAGAUGACGCCAGACGAGGAGGCACAACGUUUGGAACAGUUGUUACUGGCUCGCCGCGCCAACUCUACACGUUCCAUGGAUGAUGGUGCAUCGACGUGGGCUGAGGGCGCUGCCGGUCUUGGUCCGGAUGGUCCACAAUGUGUUGUCUGUCAGAGUUCUCCUCGCACCAUCAUCGUGUGGCCGUGCCGCUGCCUGAGCUUGUGCGACGACUGUCGCGUGUCACUUGCCAUGAAUAACUUCGAUAAGUGUGUCUGCUGUCGCAGGGAGGUUAUCAGCUUCAGCAGAAUUUACGUUCCUUGA